GUCGGCUGAUAUGGGAUAGAACCCAUAUGUGGUAUAAACAGGUAUGAUGUGUUCCAGUCUCCUGAAAUAGGGGGCGCUGUUUCUAAAAUGAGUCUCUCAGGGGAGCCAGACACCACAGGAGGAGCCCUCAGCACUGACAGAAAGAGGGUCCAGGUAGAAAGAGCAGGAUCACCUGUACCCAGCUGUCUGUCUAUGAAGAGUGAAAAGUCAAUGGAUCGUCCAAUCGGCUUCAGAGGAGAUUUCACAGGUGAUCAAAGGGUCCAGGUAGAAAGAGCAGGAUCACCUGUACCCAGCAGCCUGUCUAUGAAGAGUGAUAAAUCAAUGGAUCGUCCAAUCAAGUUCAGAGGAGAUUUCACAGGUGAUCAAAGGGCCCAGGUAGAAAGAGCAGGGUCACCUGUACCCAGCUGUAUGUCUUUGAAGAGUGAAGAAUCAAUGGGGAAUCCAAUCAACUUCAGAGGAGAGUUACCAGGUGAUUCAAGGGCCCAGGUAGAAAGAGCAGGGUCACCUGUACCCAGCUGUAUGUCUUUGAAGAGUGAAGAAUCAAUGGGGAAUCCAAUCAACUUCAGAGGAGAGUUACCAGGUGAUUCAAGGAUCCAGCAGUCACUGAAGUCCAGCUCUUUUGAAGAGAAGAGUUCAGAUAAAUUAUCUUCCGCAAAAAAGUCUCUCCUGCACACUCUAAUGAAGCUGAAGAAGGAUGAAAAGCUGAAACUGUUCCAGAGCCAUCUGAGUCAGGAUUUCCCUGAAUGCUGUCUUGAAGAUCAGAGUCUGCCUGAAGAUCCUACUUGGCUGGAUAUGUUUAUGAAUUUUAUUAAGGAAUUGUUUGACAGUCAUGAAGUUGAUGAUUACCCAGAAUGCACUGAGAGAGAGCAGGAGGAUCCUGAGGCCCUGUACAUGGUUGAGAAGAUGCUGGAGACCUGUGGCAGUGAGAGGUCUCUGAAGAUCACAGUCCACAUCCUGAGGAACAUGAAGCAGGAGGAUCUCGCUGAUUCACUGGAAAGACAUGAGCACAAUGAAUCCAUAAAGAAAGCCCAGCAGGCACUGAAAAUUCAUCUGAAGCAGAAGUUUGAGUGCAUAGCUGAAGGUUUAGCAAAGCAGGGUCACCCAACCCUCCUCAAUGAGAUCUAUACAGAGUUGUACAUCACAGAGGGGGGAAGUGGGGGGGUCAAUAAUGAGCACGAGGUCAGACAGAUUGAGACACCAUCCAAGAGACAAACCACACAGGAGACUGCAAUCCUCUGCAAUGACAUCUUUAAGCCUUUACCUGGACAAAAGAAACCCAUCAGAACUGUGCUUACAAAGGGCAUCGCUGGCAUUGGGAAAACCGUCUCUGUGCAGAAGUUCAUUCUGGACUGGGCAGAAGGAGAAGCCAAUCAGGAUGUUGAUUUCAUCUUCACUCUCCCUUUCCGAGAUCUGAAUGUGAAGAAGGAAAGAGCAUUCAGUCUGAUGCAACUUCUGCAGCACUACUUUCCACAGCUGAAAGAGAUCAAAAGUGUUGAAGGUGAUGAAGUCAAAGUUUUAUUUAUUUUUGAUGGUCUGGAUGAGUGUCGACUUCCUCUAAAUUUCCAAAGCAAUGAGAACUGCUGUGAUGUAACAGAGUCAUCAUCAGUGGAUGUGCUGCUGACCAACCUCAUUAAGGGGAAUCUGCUUCCCUCUGCUCUCCUCUGGAUCACCUCCCGACCAGCAGCAGCCAAUCAGAUCCCUCCUGAGUGCGUCCACCAGGUGACAGAGGUACGAGGGUUCAAUGACCCACAGAAGGAGGAGUACUUCAGGAAGAGAAUCAGAGAUCAGAACCAGACCAGCAGAUUUAUCUCACACAUAAAGUCAUCCAGGAGUCUCUACAUCAUGUGUCACAUACCAGUCUUCUGCUGGAUUUCUGCUACUGUUCUGGAGACAAUGUUGGGUAAAGCAGAGAGUGGAGAUCUACCCAAAACUCUGACUGAAAUGUACACACACUUCCUGCUAAUUCAGACAAAUGUAAAGAAUCAGAAGUAUCAUAACACCAAUGUGACAAACUCAAAGAAGAUGUCAGCAUCAGAUACAGAAAUCAUCCUGAAACUGGGGAAGCUGGCUUUUCGACAGCUGGAAAAGGGCAAUCUGAUAUUCUAUAAACAGGACUUGAGAGAGAGUGGCAUUGAUGUCAGUGAAGCUUCAGUGUACUCUGGGGUGUGCACAGAGAUCUUUAAAGAGGAGUUUGGAGUGUAUCAGGAGAAGACUUACUGCUUUGUUCAUCUGAGCAUUCAGGAGUAUCUGGCUGCCUUCUUUGUGUUUCAUUCAUGUGUAAAUGAGAACAGAAAUGUACUCAGAGCAGAAGAAUCUAAACCUCACAGUGACAGAGUGCAGCUGUCUGAGUUACACAGGAGUGCAGUGGAUCAGGCCUUAGAGAGUAAGAAUGGACACCUGGACCUUUUCCUCCGAUUCCUUCUUGGCCUCUCUCUGGACUCCAUUCAGACACUUUUAGGAGGUCUUCUGGCACAGACAGGAAGCAGAUCACCUGUACCAGACCCACAGACACAGACAGAAAGCAGAUCACAAAGCAUUGAGAAAACAGUCCAGUACAUUACGAUGAAGAUCAGAAAGGAGUCUUCAGCAGAGAGGACCAUCAAUAUGUUCCACUGUCUCAAUGAACUGAAUGUCAACUCUCUAGAGGAGGAAAUCCAGAAUUCCCUCAGAUCAGGAAAACUUUCUGAUACAGAGCUGGAACCAGACCAGUGUUCAGCUCUGGCCUUUGUGUUACUGAUGUCAGAGGAGAUCCUGGAUGAGUUUGACUUGAAGACCUACAACACAUCAACAGCAGGUCAUCAGAGACUUCUACCAGUAAUCAGGAACUGCAGGAAGGCCAUAAUGAACAAGUGUGACCUCACAGAGGAGACCUGUGAUAUUGUGGCCUCAGCUCUCCAGUCAUCAAACUCACCCCUGAGAGAUCUGGACCUCAGCUACAAUAACCUGGGAGAUUCAGGAGUGGAGCUGCUUUGUGCUGGGCUGAUGAGUCCAAAUUGUAAACUACAGAGACUGGGACUGAACAGCUGUAGCCUCACAGAGAAGUCCUGUGAUAUUGUGGCCUCUACUCUUCAGUCAUCAAACUCACCCCUGAGAGAUCUGGACCUCAGCUACAAUAACCUGGGAGAUUCAGGAAUGAAGCUGCUCUGUGCUGGACUAAUGAGUCCAAACUGUAAACUACAGAGACUGGACCUCAGCUACAACAACAUGGGAGAUUCAGGAGUGGAGCUGCUCUGUGCUGGACUGAUGAGUCCAAACUGUAAACUACAGAGACUGGGGCUGGGUUGGUGUAAUCUCACAGGGGGCUGCUGUGAUGUUCUGGCCUCAGUCCUGCGUUCUCCUCACUCCGAGCUGAGAGAUCUGGAGCUCAGAGACAACGAGCUGCAGGAUUCAGGAGUGAGAGCGCUCUCUGCUGGACUGGAGGACCCACACUGUAAACUGCAGAGACUGGGGCUGUCAGGUUGUAGAGUCACACAGAGAGGCUUUGAUUCUCUGGCUUCAGCUCUGUGUUCAAACCCCUCACAUCUGAGAGAGCUGGACCUGAGAUACAAUCACCCAGGAGACUCAGGAGUGAGAGCGCUUUCUGCUGCUAAACUGGACACACUCACACUGCUUGUGGACCAUGGAGGAGAGAACAGGACCAAACCAGGACCCAGGAAAUACGGCUGUCAGCUCACACUGGAUCCAAACACAGCCCACAGAGGGCUGUCUCUGUCUGAGGGGAACAGGAAGGUGACACACACACUAUGGAGAAAGGAGCCAUAUCCUGGUCAUCCAGAGAGAUUUGAGAACUAUCCUCAGGUUGUGUGCAGAGAGAGUGUGUGUGAGCGCUGUUACUGGGAGGCUGAGUUCAGUGUGUCUGAGGGGGGAAGGGUAGAUAUAGCAGUAACUGAUAAAGGAAUCAGCAGGAAAGGAAUGGGUUCUGACUGUAGGUUUGGAUUCAAUAAAACCUCCUGGAGUCUGAGGUGCUUUAAAUCCAGUUACUCUGAUAAACCCAGUUACGCUGUCUGGCACAAUAACAACAAAACAGACAUACCUGCCCCCCCAUCCCCCUACCGCAGAGCAGGAGUGUGUGAUGAUGAUGAUGAUGGUGGUGCUGGUAGAGGAGUGUGUAUGUACAGGGUUGGAGUGUGUGUGGACCGUCCGGCCAGCACUCUGUCCUUCUACAGUGUCUCUGACUCUGACACACUGACCCUCCUGCACAGACUUCAAACACACUUCACUCAACACACACCCCUCUGUGCUGGAUUUAGAGUGUAUUACUCCUCAGUGUCCAUCUGCUCAUUAGAGUAGAGACACACAUACACACACACAUAUGCACAUACACACGCAUGCACACACACACAUGCGCAUACACACGCAUGCAUGCACACACACAAACACACUCAUAUACACAUACACACACUCAUAUAAACACUCACACACACACACACACACACACACACUUCACUCAACACACACUGCUCUGUGCUGGAUUUAGAGUGUAAACACACACACAAUCACACAUUCACACACACAUAUAUAUAUACACAUGCACACACUCGUGCACACACACUCACACACUUACACACACAUACAUACUCUCUCACGCCCAAUCACUCACACCCUCACACACACACACACACACACAUGCUCUCAUACUUCAUCACUCACACACACACCUUCUCUCUCUCACUCAUACACAUUCACACAAACACAUGCAGACACACAUACUCAUGCACUCACACACACAAACACGUGUCAACACACACACACUCUCAUUCCCAUAUGCAUGCACACACGUAUAAACACACACACAUUCUCUUACCCAUACACACACACGCGCACACACACAUACUCAUGCACGCACACAUGCACACAUACAGACACACAUGCACACACACACACACCACACUCAUAUACCCACUCACACACCACACACACUCAUAUACACACACACACACUCAAUCACACACUCACACUCAUGCACACACAUAGACACACAUACAUGUGUGCACACACCAUAUACACAUGUAUACACAAACAUUAUCAUACCGAUACACACACACACACACAUUCACAAAGGCACUCUCACGCACCCACCCACCCACACACCAUGCUCAUAUACCCACUCACACACACACACACACACACACCACACACACCCUUUCUCUCUCACACUCACACACAUGCACACACACUCACAAAUACACACACUGAUGUACACUCAUGCACACGCAAUCACACACCUACGCACACACACACUCGUGCACACACACUCACUCAAACAUACACACUCUCUCACACCCAAUCACUCACACACCCAAUCACACACAUGCACACACACACACCUACAGAUGGACACACACAAUCUCCCGCACACACAAACACACACAUUCAUCAGUGCACUCUCAUGCUCGCACACACAUGCAUGCAUACGUACACACGCUCAUAACUGUAUGCACACACACACACUCUCUCUCAUACUCAGUCACUCACACACACAUCCUCUCUCUCACACACAAACACUCACAUUCACACACAUUCACACAAACGCACGCACACACACACACAAACUCAUGCACUCAAGCACACACACAUACAUGCGUGCAGAGACACAAACACGUGUCAACACACACAUUCACAUUCCCAUACGCAUGCACACACAUGUAUAAACACACACACAUUCUCUUACCCAUACACACACACGCGCACACACACAUACUCAUGCACUCACACAUACGCACUUGCACACACACAGACACACCACAUGCGUGCACACACCAUAUACACAUGUAUACACAAACAUUAUCAUACCCAUACACACACACACACACACACACGCGCACACACACACACACACACACAUUAACAAAGGCACUCUCACGUACCCACCCACCCACACACACACCAUAUACACAUAUACAUUCAUUCUCAAUCACACACAAUCACACACAAAGUUUGAUUCAGAGUGGUUCAGCGGAGUUGUGUGGAGUGAUGAAUCACGAUUUGAGUUGCAUGAUGAUGCUCCAGAGAGGUGUCUUCGAAGAUCUGGUGAAAAAUACAAUAGUGAAUGCAUCUCUAUCACAGUUAAGCAUGGAGGAAGAGGUGUCAUGGUGUGGGGAGCCUUUUCAGCUGCUGGUACUGGUGAGCUACUUCACUGUGAAAAGUCAAUUAAUGCUUUGGAACACAGGAGAAUAUUGCAGAAAGGCUUGCUUCCCACAAUUGAAAAGUUAUUUUCUAAAGAGGGACGAUCAGAUGUUAUUUUUCAACAAGACAAUGCUCCUGCCCACACUGCAAAGACCAACAAAAAGUGGCUUGAGAACAAGUCAAUCAGGCUCAUGUUUUGGCCUGGUCAGAGUCCAGAUUUGAACCCCAUAGAGAAUAUUUGGUCUCACAUUAAACACAAACUAACCGAGAAACAUUUUUCAACUACUCAUCAACUGUUUGAAGCCAUCGACAUUGAAUGGAGCAACAUUGACUCUUCUUUCUGUAAAAAGCUGUCCGCAAGUUUACCCACAAGGCUUAAACAUUUAAUGAAAUCAAAGGGAAAAGCUAUCCCUUACUAAGUUACUUCAUCUAUUUGUUUGAUUCUUGCUAAUUUCCUGACCAAUGAUUUGUUGUUAAGACCAUUAAAAGCUUAAUAUUUUGCCAUUUUGGGCUUGACCCAUUUUUUUCCCAGGAGUGUAGACUAUUCAUUGCCUAUGAUAGCAGCGAACCUAAAGCAGGAAGACAUUAAAACUGUAUACUUCAAUAUUUGUUUAUUUAUCGCAAGUCAUAUCAUCAUCGCAAUAUUCAACAACGUUAUCGCAUAUCGCAUAUUUUCCUCAUAUCGCGCAGCCCUAACACACAUACUCACGCACUCACACACAUGCACACACAUAUACACAUAAACACACAUACUCACAUCUACAGUCACUCCCACAAACACACACAUGCACACACACAUUCACAAAUGCACACACACGAACACACAAUCUCACCCAAUCACACACACGCACAUCGACACAUACAAUUUUCCUUGACCAAUGCCUUACCAGUGCAAUUUCAGUUGUGCCCAAUAUUACCCUCAGUACAGCUUAAACCCUGUACAUAAGAGUAUGAUCUUUCAGCAGGUUCAGGUUAAGCACUUGCUAUCUGAAUAUGAUUUUAUUUGUUUACAUUUUAAUACAUUUAUAUUGCAGAUGUACAAGGUAUGUUUAUGUACUUUUGAUUAUUAAAAUAUUAAUAUAACAUUGACUGUAAUAAUGGCAAAAGAUGGCAGGGUAAAAUGUUGUUGAAGUAAUAACUCUGUCUCUGGUAUCUGCAUCUUUGUAUAAAAGAAGCCAGUGGUAAACUCCUCCACUUAAAUGUGUAUUUUACUAGUUUUUACGGUUGCUUUCAUUCAUUUUCACAAGAGUUCCAAUGUGCAAAUUUCUGUGGCCAAAUACAGCUGAUAGGGAGAAUGCAGAAUGAUCACUGCAGUGUACUUAUUUCAUUUCAUUACUGUAAACAAUGAUGGAUUGAGUUUCCUUAUUUAUUCUGUUAGGAUUGAUUUUUUUGUUUGUUGUUGCUUUAAUUUUCUGUAUUUUCAGACAAUAAUAUGCAAUGAUUAAACCUGAAUUAUAAAAAUAUCAAAUGUUUUGCUGUUGUGAUUUAUUAUUGUGUGAUGUAUUGAACUCCUGUGACACUGGUACUUAUUACAUAUUCUGUAUGGGAUUAUGUUUGGGCUCAAUAUGAGUGGAUCAGCAUGGGGCUAAAAUCUGCAGUUGAAGCAAGGACACUCAUCUACAGUAGUGGAAAUAAAAUCCGUUAUAAGAAAA